AUGACUCUGUCAAAUGAAGAGAUCUCGGAAAUAAAGACCGUCUUCGCGAUCAAGCUAAAGAAGGAAACCGGAUUCAAGAAGGCUAUCAAAACAGUCGAUGGCGUUGAACAGUUCGGCGGAACCACAAAGGCGUCCGCUUCCGGAACCACGCACUCAGCCACUGAAGACGAAAAGGUUGCGUUCGUUGACUGGAUCAACUACAGUCUAGGUGAGGAUGAGGACCUCAAGAAGAGCGGUGUUGUUCCCGUGAGUCAGGAUGGCGAUAGUCUCUACACCGCAUGCCACGAUGGUGUCUUAAUGAGCAAGCUGAUUAACACAGCCGUACCCAACACAAUUGACGAGCGCGCGCUGAACAUGGGCACAAACAUAUCUAUCUACAAAAUCCACGAGAAUCAAACACUGUCCAUCAACUCCUCCAAGGCCAUUGGUUGCAAUGUGGUGAAUGUGGGAGCUCAAGAUCUAAUUGACGGAGUUCCGCAUCUGUGUCUGGGUAUCAUCUGGCAAAUUAUCCGCAUUGGUCUUCUUACGAAGGUCAACCUCAACAUGUGCCCGGGCCUAGUACGUCUAGUAGAGGGGGACGAGACACUGCAGGAUCUCAUGGCGCUGCCUGCUGAGCAGAUUCUUCUGCGCUGGUUCAACUUCCAGCUGAAGGAAGCGGGCUCGGAUAAGCAGGUCAAGAACUUCAGCGCCGACAUUAAGGAUAGUGAAGGCUACACGGUGCUGCUCAAGCAGAUUGCGCCCAAAGAGUUCGGGGUGGACCUUACGCCAUUGCAGGAGAGCAACUUGGAGAAGCGUGCCGAGUCUAUGUUGGUGAAUGCGACCAAAAUUGACUGUCGACGCUUCGUAAAGCCCAAGGAUGUGACCAACGGAAAUGCUAAGCUGAAUCUUGCCUUUGUCGCUAAUUUGUUCAACUUGUACCCUCACCUGGAGAUUGAGGAGGAAGAGAUUGUGGAGAUUGAGGAGAUUAACGAGACGCGCGAGGAAAAGACCUUCAGGAACUGGAUGAACAGUUUGGGUGUGCAGUAUGUAGGUAGCAUCUACCAAGACCUCCGUGAUGGCCAAGUGCUGCUGGAGUUGUUUGAUAAGGUGUACCCUGGCUUGGUCGACUGGAAGAUUGUCAACAAGGCUCCGUUUACAAAGAUGGGUGGCAUCAUGAAGAAGAUCGAGAACGACAACUACGCUGUCAAGCUUGGCCAGGAGAAAAAGUUUUCCCUUAUUGGAAUUGACGGCAAGGAUAUCUAUGAUGGACACCAGAUGUUCACGCUUGCAAUUGUUUGGCAGUUGAUGCGGGCGUACACUUUGGAGAUGUUAAAGAACAUCGCCAAGACUGACCAGCCGAUGGUCGACAAAGACAUUAUCGCCUGGACCAACAGUAAACUGGCAGAGUAUGAGAAGUCCUCCAGCAUUAAGAACUUCAAAAAUUCCAGUAUUUCCGAUUCCAUGGCCGUUAUUGAUUUGAUAGACUCAAUCAAACCCGGGUCGAUCAACUAUGAUCACGUCAUUAAAAAUGCAUCUUCUGAGAAAGAUGAGCUGACCAACGCUAAAUACGCCAUCUCCAUGGCUCGCAAGGUUGGUGCUGGGGUAUAUGCUCUGCCGGAGGAUAUUGUCGAAGUUAACCAGAAGAUGGUUAUGACGGUAUUCGCGUGCAUUAUGUAUGCAAGCUAUGCCGAUGACAGGGCCAAGUCAGCCCAGGACUUAAGAGGCGAUUGAAGUACCACGUCGCAAUAUAUAUGUGCGACAUUUCGUUGAACGAAGUGCUUAUUUCUGACACCAGUGAUACUAUUUCUAUGAUCAAUGAUAUCGUAGAAUUAUCAAUAGGCUGAACGGUGCCCCUUAUAAGCUGGUGUGGUAUGAAGACCAUUAAUUGUACAACAGGUUCAAUACAAUAAAUUGAUCUCACAGUAUAAAUCAA